CUGUGGUGACUGUGCUCCGCAUGUUAGCGGCUGCAGGGACAGCAUUUAAUGAAGAAAAAUCUGUGACAACUUGUAGGAGGACCGUGUUCAAUCCAAGGGGGAAACUAUGUCGUUUUUGCAAAUCAUAUCCGUCUUUCUCUAUGAGAGACAUAUACAUGUGUAUAUUCUUUCGUAAAUAAGCCCCCGGACAGUUCACCUCCCAGACCUACGUCGUAGGUGUCGUAUGGGGCCCACCCCUUCAAAACAAUCUGACGGUUGCUCUUUCGCAAUCACUUACUCCAUGGAAUAAAAGCCACUUCGUAACGUAACUUAGGAUCGCUGAAAUACCUAAAGGCAGGGGGCAGCCGCGGUGCACCGGCAAGCCGCUAUACCGCGUGAGAGGAGGGCAGGAGGGAGAGAGUCUGGGCACCCCGGCGAGGACCUGCUAUAUGAGAGGGAUCCCCGGCACGAGGAACUGCUGUAUCGGAGGGGACGGGAGGGAUCCCAGCACCAGGAAACCCCAAUGGGAAGCAGGUCGAGGCUGGCAGAGACCGUGGGCUCCUGCGGAGCUAGUGCCGCAAAAAGAGAGAAGCGCACGCUGGCAGAUGUGUCGAUCCUGCACUUCGUUAGUGCAGAGCUGACCAGAGGAUACUUCCUGCAGCACAAUGAGGCAAAGUUCAUGGAGCGUCGGCAGCGGGUUUACACCUGCAUGCGGAUUCCCAGGGAGCUGGAGAAGCUGAUGGUGUUCGGCUUCUUCCUGUGCCUGGACGCCUUCCUCUACAUGUUCACCCUCCUCCCCCUCAGGGUGCUGCUCCUCCUGCCCCGACUGCUCCUCCUGCCCUGCUUCAAACUCAGAGGCCCAUGCAUCGUGCAGCCCUCCCAGGUGUGCGACAUCCUGAAGGCCUUCAUCAUGGUCAUCUGCUGCUGCCUGCUGCACUACGUGGAUUACUCCAUGAUGUACCACAUGAUCCGCGGCCAGUCGGUCAUCAAGCUCUAUGUCAUCUACAACAUGAUGGAGGUAGCCGACCGCCUGUUUUCCUCUGUUGGCCAAGACAUAUUGGACGCCCUCUACUGGACGGCUGCUGAACCCAAAGAGAGGAAACGAGCUCACAUCGGCCUCAUACCCCAUUUUGUCAUCGCCGUUCUUUAUGUGUUUCUGCAUGCUGUACUGAUCAUGAUCCAAGCGACGACGCUCAACGUGGCCUUCAACUCCCACAACAAGUCCCUGCUGACCAUCAUGAUGUCCAACAAUUUUGUGGAGAUUAAAGGAAGUGUAUUCAAGAAGUUUGAGAAAAAUAAUCUGUUUCGCAUGUCAAAUAGUGACAUCAAGGAGAGGUUCACAAACUACAUCCUGGUGCUCAUUGUGUGUCUCAGGAACAUGGAGCAGUUCUCCUGGAACCCAGAUCAUCUGUGGGUCCUGCUCCCUGAUGUCUGCAUGGUAAUAGCCUCGGAAGUAGCGGUGGACGUGGUGAAGCACGCGUUCAUUACGAAGUUCAACGACCUCACAGCCGACGUAUACAGUGAGUACAGAGCGAGGCUGGCCUUCGACCUUGUCAGCAGCCGACAGAAAACCGCAUACACUGACUACAGUGACUCUGUGGCCAGGAGAAUGGGCUUCAUUCCUCUUCCUCUCGCAGUGCUGCUAAUCCGCGUGGUGCUGAGCUGUUGGAAAGCAGAGGGCACUCUAUCCUACCUUUGCCUGAUACUUUUCUUCAUGGGAAUGAUGUCCCUGAAGGUGCUGAACAGCAUCAUCCUCGUGGGCAAAUCCUGCAUCUACAUUAAAGAGGCCAACAUGGAAGACAGGCUGACGCGGCAUCGUUCAGCGUCGGCCCCGCGGAGAGUUACCGGCCGGCCCAAAUGUCCAGGCAGCCCCCCCACAGCUGGUCCUGUGGACAGCCCCAUCUCCACCCCCAUCAUCCUCCAGCCAGCCGAGUUGGGGAGCCUCACCCCCAAGCCCUCCAUCUGUACCCCGGUCCAACCCCCACCGGUGUCAGACUGGGCGGAGGGUCCCAGCGCCACCCAGAACGCAUCCGAGGCCAAACGAAAGACCCGGAAGGAAGACCUGCUGGACAUAGACCGCUUCACCAUAUGUGGCAAUCGGAUUGACUGAGACCUCCGGCAGUGUCCUCUGGGGGGAGCCCUAGAGUCACAUCACAGCACACAAUGGGAUCGUCCGUCGCAAGUGCAUAAUCGCUGGCCACGGGGAUGGUUUUCAGUCUUGGUGUUUUGAUGAAGAACACCGUUGCACUGUGUUGCCUAAGACUUUUAAGUGUAAGAAAUAGCUGGGGGAGGAAAAUAACAUUUUUUAACAAGAGUCUUAAAAGUCUUGAUUUUCACACAACCAGUUUUAAAGUAAAUUUUUGCUGAAUAGACUCUUAGCAGUCUGCAAGUAGUGACACACAGGGAAAGACAGACGAGAUCAUUGGGCUUUACUGAUAUUCAGUUGAAAUAAGCCACCUGAGCUGUCGGAGGGUUCGUUUGAGAAUGUUUUGGCUCAUUUACAACCCAGAUGUAUAAAGUGAACCGUCCUGAAUUCCUUUUAGCUCGGUCCAGUUUUUCCUGUUUUUUAAUGGUCACUGCAUUGUCCAGUGCAGUGGCAGCUGAACGUCCUAAGAACAUUCACGAGUAUCACAAGUAUCCUUCCAUAUUAUUGCUGCCGGACUGGUUUCACUUAUUUGCACUGAUUGCAGGCGGAUUUUUUUCUUCUUCAUUUUUCUAGUAACUUUUUGCAGGAAAAUGUGGGGCUUGAUUUCAGAUGUUGAUCAGAAUCCCUUCCAAAAGGCCUGAAAACCGGUAUGAAACUAAAAUUAUAUUCAUGGUUUUGUUAAAAAAAUGAAUUUGAAAAAAGCAAAAACCACAAAUAAAACAUAUGUUGUUAGAUUA